AUGAGUUUUAACUCGGGUACUCCGGGUGCGAGCUUCGUCUCAACUCCGGCGCCGCCGCCCGAACCUCAAGGUGUCGAUCUGACACUUGAGCCGUCAAGUGAAUGGGUGAUUCAGCACAUUGGAUUCGAUGGCGUGGAAAAAUAUAUUCGGCCCGAAACCUACACCGAUUAUAUUGGCAAAUUGUCGGCAAAAGUGGAUUGGAUGAAAAUUGUCGGCUCCACGUCGAAAUAUGAGGCUGACGAUGAGUCGGAACAUGGUCAAAAAGGCGAUGGAAGGAAUGAUUUGGCAUUGCCCGAUGUUGGACCAUGGAGUGGUGUUGCAAAAUCAUUAAUCGAAUCUCUUCAACAAUUGAAUGUGCUUCUUGACGAUCUGACGGUAAUAAAAGCGACAGACUACAUGAAACCGUUGACAAUUUUGGAUCCGGUGACCGAAUUGGAUCAGACGAUCGAAAUCCCAAGGUUGAUUCAUUUCUCGCGUGGUGCGCAAUGGAUGUGGAAACGACGGGCGCUACAAGAAGCCGCACAGGUUCUUGACACUGCGCACAAAAUGCGCCAAAAAGCGCAUACGAACAUUGGGCUCUCCGAUGAUUAUUUGGCGCAUUUGCAUCGUACAAAAUUCUUCGAAGAGCUUCGAAGAAUGCGAGACACGUGGCGUGUUCGAAAAACCAAUGAUCGGAUUGUUGGUGAUCUCUCGUAUAAUAUUUUUGGAACCAAGUAUCAAAAUAAUGCGAUGUUCGAGAUAUCGAGAAAAACGCCCGCCAAAAUUGGACCGUUUGACACAUUUUCGGUCAUUGAGGUAUCGGUUCCAAAGGAUUUACAAGUGCGGAGUGCUUUAUAUGUAUCGAUUAUAAGAGAUGACAUCACCUCGGGUAAUCCGUUUAGUAGUUUGGAAGACGAAGAUUUCAAAUACACACAAAGGGAUGAAGAAAAGAUAAAAAUGCUGAAAUGGGAGGACAGCUUAAAAUGGGCACAGAAUACGUUGUUGUGUCGAGAAGCAUUUGAUAGGUUAUGCAAAGAUGCCAUUAAAAUGAGGGAUCGAUUAUCAAUUAUACGCGACAAUGUGCUAUUGAUCUCACUUUAUGACGAUUAUUUAUUACGAAUUGAAUUGAAAUACUACCCAUUUGAGAACGGCGAACUAAAAGAAGAGGGCGAUCGACAUUUGAAUCGCGCUCUUCGGGAGCUGCUCGUUGGAUUUGAGUGCAAAAAAUUUCUGAGGCCGCAAAUGUUCAUCGCAUUGCCGGUCACGCCGCUUCCGGAAUCAUUAGAUCAUCGUGGAACGAAGGCGAUGUCGACAGUUGAGAUAGAAGAGAAUGCGCUGAAACCGGAAAGCUUGUUGAAGAUGAUGCUCGAUAUCGCCGCGCAUUAUAAUUUAGUGAGAAUGGUGCACGAUGUAGCUGUUCAAUUAUGCGUGGAGCAAAAAGAGCACACGAUUCAGUACAAUUGGAUGCAAGCGGGAAAACGGCGCUCAAUUAUGGCGGUCAAUUUGAGUGUCAAAGAUUCCGAUACGUCGGUUCCGAGGAAAACGUUUGAAGUGGUGAUAUCCACCAAGGAUGUGUGGGUGCACACAAGCGACGACACUCCGAUUCAAUGUAUGCGCGAUCCGGAUCUUCUUCUCUACACGUUCAAAUUUUGUAUUAGCACAUACGCGCUGACGAUUGUCGCAACGAUGUCGAAAAGUAUUUGGGGAUCGCCGAUUCAGAUGCUUCAUGCCAAUGUUCACGCGGUUGAUAAUGAAGGAAGACCGGCGCCGAAUAUUUCAUUGUGCAAUCAACAAGCCACCAGGCAUUUGCUUAUCACAUUCCACGUCGAUCGUGAGCCCGAAAUACUAGUGCGCAAAUUUGUGACCCAUGACGAAACCAAGCCGGAAUCGAAAAUUCCGUUCAGAUGGCGACGACUGAGCUAUAAGAAGCUCGCCGGUAGCACGUUCUACAGAAAAUUUGAGCUGUUGUUCGCAUUCAUCAAAGAGCAAUAA